UAACAAUGUUUAGAAACAAAUGGGACGUCGCACAGGACGGACGUACGCCUGUAUGACAAAGUUUUGAAGUUCGCGCAGUGAGUUUAGUGAUACCGAGUCCCUCGGAGCGGACACAUGGUGCGGCACUCCGGCCACGGAAUGGAGACCACUUUCUACGACGAGCAGUACCCUGCCAGCGGCCCCGUCGACAACCUGAAGCGGUCGCUCACCCUGGACCUGGAGUUCGGGCGCGGCGGCAAGCGCGCGCGGCUGGGCGCGGCGCCGGUGCUGUCGUCGCCGGACUUACAGCUGCUGAAGCUGGGCUCGCCCGAGCUAGAGAAGCUCAUCAUCCAGAACGGCAUGAUCACCACCGCUACGCCGACGCCGGGCGCGCCCGUGCUGUUCCCGGCUGCGGCGCCCACAGAGGAGCAGGAGAUGUACGCCCGCCCAUUCGUGGAGGCGCUGGACAUGCUGCACUCGGGCCGCGGCGAGCCCGCGCCGCGCCGCGUCUACGCUGACCUGGACCGCCCGCUGGAGCGCUUCCCCACGCCCGUCGUCAAGGACGAGCCGCAGACGGUGCCCAGCGCGGCCAGCUCGCCGCCGCUCUCGCCCAUCGACAUGGACACGCAGGAGCGGAUCAAGCUGGAGCGCAAGCGGCAGAGGAACCGAGUGGCCGCGUCCAAGUGCCGGCGGCGUAAACUAGAGCGCAUCUCUAAGCUUGAGGAGAAGGUGAAGGUGCUGAAGGGAGAGAACUUGGAACUGGCGCAGAUGGUGGUGAAGCUGAAGGAGCAUGUGCACCGGCUGAAGCAGCAGGUGCUGGAGCACGCCAACAGCGGCUGCCACAUCGACUCCACCUUCUGAUCGCGCCGCCGUCGCCGCCGCGCCCCCACAUUCCAAGCUAGUCGCGCCCGCCAGGACGCAGCAUACAAAGCGAUUUGUGAUCUUAAUUAUAUUGUGUAACAUAUAGUUAGACUUAGUGUAAGGUGAGCUGUGGACUUAUCGUUAAGUUUGAGAGAUUAGGAUGCCAGUGAGUGCAGAACCUCCGCUCGAAUCCCGUGUUUACGUUAGUGGAUCUACUUAGCGGGCCGCACUUAGUCGCGACCCGUCUUUGAGUUACUGUAAGUCGCAGAGUUUUUCCUUGUAUCAGUAUUGCGUUCUCGUUUAGAAUAGUGUAGAAACUAGAAAGGAUAAUCGUGCAACGUCAUUCGUGUGCAGACUGAUCGAGGUGACGCUACGUUGCCAGCUUUACGGGCGAAUUUCCCGUUUCAGCUGUGUUGCCACACCGCCUCGUUGAUAUUGGGAUUUCCAUUGUUCGUUUUGUUCGACCGAGGUGUAUUUUUUUUCCUCGAGUGGAACCUUAUGAAGAUAAUAAUUUGCAUUCGGGUUUUGAUUUCGCGUUGUAAAUAGAGGGAGAGGCGAAGUAGUGUAGGUCGGCGGCACAGUGCGUACGAGAGGGACGGGCGAGUCGGGCUGGCAACGCCGCGUCAGCAGUCACGAGCGGAUGUUCUGCUAAUUAAAAUUCCGCCUGCGCCGCCCUCGCGGAAUGGCGGCCAUGUGUUGUGUCGGACGUUCCGAUUCACGUUAUGUUGCACAAGGUUAACUUUUUACAACAAUGGCGUCGCGACGCUGUGAGACGGAAUUUGUUCGCUACGCUUGACAAAAUUUGUGCUUGUAUGGAAGACUGAUCGAAUGCGAGUCUUGUGCCUUGUAAGGAGUGCGUGCGAUGUGAGACAGUGAGAGAGUGUUGCGCAAGGUUCCGAUAUUUAAAAUGUUUCUCAGAACUGACCCGGUGCUCUUUACUGUAGUGGACGAGAGACGAGUAGACGAGGCCGUCCGUAGCGGGAUAUGAGUGCAAGAGCGCUAUACGUGUCUGACGAGAGUGAAUGGGACGGAAGUAUUUAUUAGUGAGAAUGUUUACCUUUAGGAUGAAGUAGCAAUCUCGAGUGCCUACGCUUUGUAAACUAAAGCCUAUACCUACGUUUUUAUUGUUUUUGUUACCAUUAAAUGCUACAGUACUCUGUACCAUUGUCUUCUGUAGGUUACUGUAAGUAAUAUAAUACCAAUUAACAAGUUGAAUUGUUAUAGACUAUCGGGGAGCCCGACUCAAGUGCUGAGCUGGCGAACCUAUUUGUAUUAUUUUUAUACAAAAUUCAUCAGAAUGUUAACAAUAAUUUGUAAGUUUAUAAAAGAACAGUUAUACUAAAAUAAUAUAUUUCUAUGACUUUAACAAAGAAUAUUGUUUUAUACUGAAUAAAUAUUGUAUGAUAAAAUUGAAUAAGGAGAGAAAAUAAAUUAUGAAGAUAUUAUACCAUUUAA